AUGACGGUAGAGGAGUCGGAGGGGGUCGAGCAGAUCGUGCCUGCCAAGAACCGCACGUGGGGCUUGCGCUUCCAAUGCGCAUCGUGCAACGAGGAGUCCACUGGGAUGAUGUACGUACAUGUGGCAGAGCAGUACGAGCGCGACGGCGGUACGCACAAUCUCAUCUUCAAGUGCAAGCUCUGCAAGGCGGACAUCACGGCAGACGUGCUCCCCGUCCCGGCGGGCACCGGCUACUACAGUGCGGAGGAGAACUCAGCCAAUGUAAUUGCGGCCUUCGAGGUGCGCGGUGGCCGGCCAGUUGAGCUGGAGAUCGACAACCAGUGGAUUGUUGUGGCCGCUGGCGGUGGGUCCUUCGAGGAUGCAGACCUGUCGCAGGAGUGGUACGACUACGAUGAGGGCGCGCAGGCCGCCGUGAGUGUAGUAGGCGUAUCGAUAGGCUUUGAAAAAUCAAAGAAGAAGUGA